AUGAGCUCGUCGCGGGCUGGCUCCUCGCGAUCCAGUUCAGAUGACUCUCAUGUUGGACUCCUGAACGAGAAGCACGACUUGGACUACAAUUUACAGAACACGGCCACAAGCCCCUGGACGAGCAUCGCUCCCUCUCGUCAAAUACCCAAGAUCACCUUGUGCUUGUCGGUCAAAUACCUUGCAAAACUCUUUGGUCAAUUGUUCAACCUCCUUGCCCCGAGUUUUCUCCAGCGUCGCCUUCAUAAUGACCAGGCCAAACCAGACAAAGUCGCUCCAACGGCGUUUCUCGAUGGCAUGCGCGGGCUUGCUGCUUUUGUGGUCUUUAUCUGUCACCUCACCUAUGGCACCUUUGAUAUUGCCCACGCAUGGGGCGCCAUCCCGGACCCGGAACAUCAGCCAGUAUCUUUAUUUGGGCAAUAUUUCCGCCUACCCAUCGUGCGCCUUCUCUACUCUGGCCCUCCCAUGGUGGCCAUCUUCUUCGUUAUUUCGGGCUACGCACUCAGCUCCAAGCCUCUGAAGCAGAUGCGGUCGCGGCAGCAUGACCAGUUGAUGACGACCAUGACUUCGUCCAUCUUUCGACGGGGGUUGCGCUUGUUCCUACCGUGCUUCGCUUCGACGUUCCUGGUUAUCUGUCUGGCCCAGCUGAACCUAUAUAAAGUCACCGAAGGCUUUUCCAACCAGAUGCGCAUGAUCCGUGAGAGCCACUGCUACACUCAACCGAACCCCUGGCUGCAGUUCACGGAUUGGCUGGUACAGAUGCUCAUCUUUGUGGAUGUCUUCAACUGGAACAUAUUCGCUGGCUCCAUCGAGCUCGAUCGACACCUCUGGACCAUUCCCGUCGAGUUUCGAUGCAGCAUGGCCUUGUUCCUGACACAAAUGAUGGUCGCGAGGAUGUCGGCGCGGCUGAGGCUGUCGACCCUUGCGGCACUGAUUAUCUGGGGCAUCUCAUGGGAUCGAUGGGAACUGUGUCCGUUCUGGGCCGGAAUGGUGAUUGCCGAGUUAGAUAUCAUUUGGACGACCCCUACGGCGUCGGAGUUACCGUCGGUCGCAAACAGCCAGCCUCACAAGCCGAAGUUAUUGUCCAAGGUCCUGCAUUGGUCCACAUUCUGCGCUUCACUUUUCCUGCUGUCGUAUCCGGACAUCGACGCCCACGCCACACCAGGAUACUUCACGCUGACCAACCUCAUCCCUGCAAACUUCACAGAAAAGCACCGUUUUUGGCCCAAUAUCGGCGCAGUCAUGAUUGUCUGGUCGUCAUCGCGCCUGGGCUUCUGGCGGAAUAAGGUCUUUUGUUGGAGCCCGAUUCAGUAUCUAGGGAAAAUCAGUUUCCCUCUGUAUGUCAUGCACGGUCCUGUCAUCCACACGCUGGGCUACAUGAUCCUCCCACAAACCCCCGAGGUCGAAACACCCGAGAUCAUGAGACGGUUCCAGCUCGAGUUCUUCAAGUCAUCGAUCGUCAUUGUCCUGGUCGUUAUUUGGGCGGCUGAUGUCUUCCUCCGAGCCGUCGAUAUCCCCUGCGUCAACAUGGCCAGAAAACUGGAGAAAGCUUUCUUUGGCGGAUGA